AUAGAGUAUGCGCAAAUUUUAAAUGAAAUAUGAACAGGCACCAACAAAUGCUGAUUUUCCCAACUACAUACUUCUAUAAUGAUCAAUGCAAUAUGCCACUGUAAAUGGUCCUGAAGCUGGCUGGUGUACUCUGUGGUGUGUGUGUGUGUGUGUGUGUGUGUGUGUGUAUGCAGGAAUGUUGACAGUGUUCCGAGCAUGUGGGUCUCCAGGGGCGGUUUUUUUGGUUGAGGGCCUCCUCUGGAACACUGCGAGGUGUUUACCUUGGCCAUCACACAGGCCUCAGCCCAUACUCAAACAGACCUCUGCUUAUUGGUCUUUACAUGAUGGGAAAAGAACACACCACACCGUGUGAAUGAAGACACUGUAGAGUAGCUCAACCCCUUGCUCCUCCCCAAACCGAUGAGCUGUAAAUACAAGCUAGACGUGAAGUAGCAUUUUUUGAACUUUGGAUUUUUCCAUCUGUUGUCUGGCCCCAGUUUUUACUGAAGUGAACCAUGACUGCUUUUCUUCUACUGUGUGCCUGCCUCAGUAUCUCAUCUGCAGCAGUAAUGUUUGGACAAAUAAAUGAUGAGGACAGUACACUUAGUGUUAGCAUCCCCUUGGAGCAGCCGCUGCGCCCCCUGCUAGGGGGGAAGAUGGUCAUCCCUUGUUAUUUCCGGGACAAUGCAAUCCAUGACCCUGGAGCCCCUACCAUUGGUCCUCUAUCACAACGCAUCAAGUGGAGCUACAUUCACAAAGGCAAAAUAAGCCUCAUCCUGGUGGCGAUUGGGGGAAUAGUGCACACUGAGACAGAUUAUUUGGACCGGGUGACCAUGGUGAACUAUCCCUCAGUACCCACAGAUGUCACCAUAGAGAUCUCAGAGCUGCGCUCCAGCGAUUCCGGGACAUACCGAUGUGAGGUUAUGCAGGGCAUUGAGGACAACUAUGACUCAGUGGAGAUGCAUGUUCAAGGCAUCGUGUUCCACUACAGGGCCAUAACCAGCCGCUACACCCUGACCUUUGAUAUGGCAAAGGCAGCCUGCAUCCAGAACAGUGCCAUUAUUGCAACCCCUGAACAGCUGCAAGCUGCUUACGAUGACGGGUUUCACCAGUGUGAUGCAGGUUGGCUUUCAGAUCGAACUGUCAGGUAUCCCAUUCAUGAGCCCAGGGAGCCUUGUUAUGGAGACAAGGAAAAGUAUCCAGGUGUACGAACAUAUGGAAUCAGAGAUGAUAAUGAGACCUAUGAUGUGUACUGCUUUGCAGAGAAGAUGUCUGGCAGAGUCUUCUACUCCAUGUCAAUGAAAAAGUUUACAUUUUCUGAGGCAUCUGAACAGUGUGGAAACCUUGGAGCCCAAUUGGCCACCACAGGGCAAUUGUACUUGGCCUGGAAAGCUGGAAUGGAUGUGUGCAAUGCUGGCUGGUUAGCAGAUGGGAGUGUGAGAUACCCUAUCAACAUUGCCCGCUCUCAGUGUGGAGGGGGUCUCCUGGGUGUACGGACUGUGUACCGUUUUCAAAAUCAGACAGGUUACCCCCACCCAGACUCCCACUAUGAUGCUAUCUGCUAUGAGGGAGAAGAUAAAGUACCCAGUCCUUACCCUCCAGUACCUGAAUUACAUGCAACCUCAGACUCCCGCUCCCCAGUACCUGAUAUUCACAUGACCACAGACUUCCAAUCCGCAGUGCCUGAUAUACACAUGACCACAGACUUUCAAUCCCCCGUACCUGUCAUUUACAUGACCACAGACUUCCAUUCCCAAGUACCUGAUAUUUACAUGACCACAGACACUGAGUUUAGUGUGGGCACCAUCACCUCCAGUCCAGUCGCCUAUCCUGAGAGUGUCACCACUGAGGGUGAAGUUCGAGGGGAGUUUGUAACUCAUGAGCCCUGGGUUACCACCAUGGUACUGCCUCCUUCCUUCUCUCCAACUGUAAUGGAGACUGUGACGGAGGAUGUGGUAGUUGUAGCUGCAGCUCAGCCGGUUCUGGUCUACGAGGUACCCAGAGAUAAUAUCAGCAUUGUUUCAGAAUUUAAAGGAGUGGUGUUCCACUAUCACUCAGGUUCAGAGCGCUACGCUUUCACCUUUCAUGAGGCUCAGAAGACCUGUUACAGUCAGGGAGCUGAAAUAGCCACACCCAGGCAGUUGCAGGCAGCUUAUGAGGCUGGCCUGCAUCAUUGCAAUGCUGGCUGGCUCCAGGACCAGUCUGUCAGAUACCCUAAUGCCUAUCCUGAGGAGUGCUCUGGAGAUCAAAAAAAUGCUUCUGGGGUGAUCUCUCAUGGGCUUAGGCCUACACAUGAACGUUAUGAUGUGUAUUGCUACAUCAACCAAAUACAGGGGGACGUCUUCCAUGUCACUUCCCAGGCAAACUUUACCUUCCAAGAGGCGGCAGAUUCCUGCCAUAGCCACAAUGCCACCCUGGCUUCCACAGGGGAGCUGUAUGCAGCCUGGAGUCAGGGCUUCCAUAACUGCAACCCAGGCUGGUUAUCUGAUGGCAGUGUCCGCUACCCAGUUCAAACUCUCAGCUGUGGUGUAAAUAAAACAGGAAUUUACACCAUUUAUGCUAACCCUAACCAGACUGGAUUCCCAGAUCCUUACUCCAGAUAUGAUGCUUACUGUAUUAGAGAAAGUGUUUAUGGACCUGACAGUGGGUUACCCAGUGGAAAUAUAUCUGGCAGUGGCCUUCCCAGUGCUGAAGGUUCCAGCAGUGGCUUCCCGAGUGGAGAUGAAACUGGCAGUGGCCUUUCCAGUGCCGAAGGUUCCAGCAGUGACUUCCCGAGUGGAGAUGAAUCUGGCAGUGGCAUUCCCAGUGUUGAAAGUUCCUGUAGUGGCUUCUUGAGUGGAGAUGAAUCUGGCAGUGGCGUUCCCAGUGCUGAAGGUUCCAGCAGUGACUUCCCCAGUGGCGAUGUGUCAGGCAGGACAAUUUCCAGUGGGGGUGUGUCUGGGUCUGGUGGGAGUGGUGAUGGCUCAAGCAUCUUUGUCAUCUUCAAGGAGAGUGUAGACAUUCUCUCAGCAGAGGGAUCUGCCAUAGGAAGCUCUCCAGAAGCAGCAGAAGGGAGUACAGUAUUUUAUGACUCGGGAAUGGAAUCUGGAGACAUGAGUGGGGACCACUCAGGAUCAGGUGAUGUGUCUGGAUCUGGACAUUAUAGUGGGUCUGGUGGUCUGCCAUCUGGAUCUGGAAGUGGAGAUAUGAUCAACUUGGUUGAUAAUUUAAUGACCAAUAUGCCCUUUCCACGUCCUAAAACAGAGCAAGAAAUUGUUGGAGGGGAGACGGAGGUUAGCGGAUUCAGUGGACUCCACAGUGGUGAAAUCACAAGUGGCUCUGAAUUGAGUGGCAUACUGAUUGAUGAUGUCAUGAGUGGUUCUGGAUUCAAUGGUGUGCCCAGUGGUGAUAUUAUGAUUGACUUUGGAUUUAGUGGAGUGACCAGUGGUGAUGUCAUAAGUGGCUCUGGAGGUUUGGAGGAGGUUAAUGCCACUGAUGUGUCAGCUAUCAACACCACCAGUACAUCCACAUUAACUUUUACAUCCAGUCCCUUGGUAUUGCACCUGACACCAACUACCAUGGACCAGCCCACAGUUACUGAAGCAGCACAGGGAUGUGCAGAUGGCUGGCUGGAAUUUGAGGGCAGCUGCUAUAUCCAAUUCAGAGAAAGAAAGAAUUGGACGAAUGCCGAACAGCACUGCCGAGAGCUAAAUUCACAUCUGCUUAGCAUCACUUCCAAGCAAGAGCAAAUAUUUGUCUACAAUCACAUGAGGGAUGACCAGUGGAUUGGACUCACUGACAGAGACAAGCAAAAUGAGUUCCGCUGGACAGAUGAAAGCCCUUUGGAAUAUGAAAACUGGAGACCUACCCUGUCAAAUAGUUAUUUUGACGCUGCAAAGGAAUGUGCAGCUAUGAUCUGGCAUGAGUUUGGCCAAUGGACUGGUGUGCCUUGUAACCACCAUCUGUUCUUCACAUGCAAAAUUAAAUCUGUCAAAUGCUCCACACCUCCUGAGGUUGAAAAUGCCAGGAUGUUAGGAAACAUCUGGGGCACCUACCCAGUCAACUCUAUGAUCCGCUACCAGUGUGACCCUGGCUUCACACAGCGGCGCCAUUCUGUGAUACGCUGCAUGCCAGACGGCCAGUGGAAAGAGCCUACAGUGGAAUGUGUAAAAAGGAAGAGACUACAAAAAAGAUCCCUCAAGAGGCAUUCAGUCAGCAGCCGAACAUGAAGAAAGGUCCUCUAAACAGGACACAAGGCACACACUUCAAAUCAUCUAGAGGACUGUUGUUAGUAAAAAGCAUCUCUGCACAAGUUUUUUUUUUGCCCAGAAGAAAUCCAGUAACCUCGGUAACAGGGUCCACUUUAUACAAUGAUGCACAUUACGUUCUGUUCUGUAGUCCGCCUGGCUGAUUUAUUUUUCAGUGUUACUCAGUGCCUUGCUGUUGGGGAAAAGGAAGGAACGAGUUUUCUGAGUGAGUUCAAGGAAAGAAUAUCUUCCCACCAUUAAGCAGUUUUAUUUCUUGUACAAUCUUAUGUUUAACCCAAAGUUAACCCCCUAAAGUCCCAGCUUGUUUUUUGUUUUUUUUUUAAACUAUUCAAGUUUGAGCAUAUUAUUCAGUAACUACUUGGAAUUAUUUAGUAACUACAGUGAAACUAAUUUGAAAAGUUUAAAAACUAAAUUUGAAAAAAUCUUUUAGAUAAUUUUAGAUUGUUUUUAAUCAAUUACAGGUUGAAUAUUUUGUGGAGAUGGGAAAAAAUGAAGCCCUGUAAACAAAAAUUCUUUGUGCUCAACUGGUGACAUUGUUCGUCACUUUAUUCUUCCCUGUUUUGCAUCAUUUUCUCUGCUUUUUCAUGACAGAGAGAAAGAGUGAGUGAUUGUAGGGUGGGCAUAAGAGUAACACUUAUAUACAAAGACAAAAGGCUUCAGUGACUACAGCUGGAUAUAAUAAACUCAAAAAUAUUUCAAAUUA